AUGGCCCCGCGACACAGCGUGACUACAGAAUGCCAGAGGUCACCGCCAAAGUUGCCUGUCUGGGAUGCGGUGGCCGUCUACGUCCAGGAGCAGCUCCUGCUACGCAAGGGGGUCCGAAUUCCCACCUUCGGUUCCUUCAGCAUCGUCUCCGAACGGAUUGAGGCUGAGGAUGGAGCCAUGACUCUGCAGUGGCCUGCGUUUUGCCUGGCCAGGAACCUUGCGGGCAUCCACAACCUGAUGGAGAGCUACCCACCAGGCCAUAAGGAGGUGCAGCCCCUCAAGUACACUGAGGUGGCCGCGGCCGCAUCUGUGACCUGGCAGACUGGGAAGGCCUGCAUAUUUGGCACCACGUCCCUCGUUUCCCACUGCCUGAGGAAGGGGGAGAACAUUGCCUUUGUCCUGAAGGACAUAGGAGUGCUCCUCAUCGAGGGAACGAGAGUUCAGAUGAAGUUCUACUACGACUUCCUCGAGAGGAUCAGCGGGAAAGAGAACCUAGAGAAAGUUGUUUUCAAGGUGCCCCGGCUGCAGGGACAUGGUGGUGUCCCGGGUGGCAGCUGUAGCCUCCCUGACGUCCUGUGGCCGAGUCAUCGUCUUUCCCAGGUUUCGACGGGAGUUUGUACCCAAACCACCACCCAGGACAGCCCGCAAGGCCUGCCAUGUCCCAUUGCCACCUCUUGACCAGGGCAAGAAAGAGGAACUUCCUGAAUUGCCACCCCUCCCCAGCUGGAUCCGCGUUACCUUUGUAGUGAAAAAACAGCCUGAGAAGGAAACAAGCGAUGUCAAGAAGAAGGCCAGUCAGCUGCCAGCGGUCCCGGGGGCGUCUUCUGCCAAAAAGCAGCCUCAGAAAAAAAAAGAAGGGAAAAUGCUCUACCAAAAGCAAGGCGGCAGAGAUGGCUCCAGCAGAGGCAGCGCAACCUCCAAGUGGCAAAGAAGAAGAACACGGCGCGGUGAAAGCCCCCGCUGGAGGAGGAGUGCCGCAAAAGGCACAGGCCAAGCUCAGAAAGCACCGUGGAGCCCCAGCCCUGCAACAAACACCACUGGCAGCCCUAUGGUCCUCGAGCUCUGAGACCAGCCUGCCCGAGGAGCGCACCUACAGCGCCUCUGCUGCGGUGCCACUGAUGCACAGGAGGACCAGAUCUCUGCAGAGUCAGCCACCAAAGACCAAAGCGGGGCUCCCCAGGCGGGGGAUGUCCUGUCCACGCUGACCAGGGCAUGGGGUGCCCAGGAGAAGCAGAGCUCCACCUGAGGCUGCCAAACAGGUGUGCGAUUCCUCUCUGUGCCAUUCCUGGGGGCCUGUCUGCACCCUUCUUUGGUUUUGGCUCCAAGUUUGCUUUCGGAGGCACUUCUUGCCAUAAGACUCUGACUUAGCUAGGAGAUGACAGGUGGGUGUGGCAAUCAGCAUCACUUGGUGGACAAUUUUACAUUUGAAAGCAUUUCUUUGCAGCUGUUUGCCUUUGGAAAAGAGUGCUGAGGAGUGUUUACUUGAGGAAGGUGUGGGCUGUGACCAAAAACUCCAGCUUGGUAUAGGAGAACUGAGGGAACAACGCCAUCGUAUCCUGCGAAAAACAGGAUGCAGGUGGGCACCUCCCUGCUCCCUCCUAUCUGCUGGCAAGGCGCGGGAGAUGGGGACAAAGGAGUUUCUGCUGAGAUCCCAAAGCCACAAGCCGCCACUCCAAAGAGAGCUGACCGUUGUCGUCAACUGAACAACGACCCCUGAUGACCCAUCACUACUGUAGAUCGACGUCUGAGCUACGAACCACGCUGGACCUGUGGUGGUGACUGUCUCUCUCUUGCUUCCUACAAAGACGGCUUGCUUUUAUUUGCUAUCUUUUCUAUCGCCCGUCUUCCCUUCCCCAUCUCCCUAAACAACUUGGGUUUGUAAUAAAGCGGACGGGCUAACAUUUAA